CAAAAACUCCGAGCACGCCUUAUUCGUCAACCGUCGCAACGCCAUUGACGCUUAUGCACUUUGUGUGAUUCAGUGAUUACUGCAACUUUUCAUUUUCGAGCAUGUUAUUAAUCGCGAGGAAAGCUUUGGCCUUGGCGCAUAAAAAGACUAUUCGUUUGACAACAAGGGAAGUGCAUUGCUUAAGCUCCAUUUUAGUGUCUCCUCCUCUCGUCUCUCUUGACUUGCCUGAAAAUUGGGUUCCUUACUCUCAUCCUCCAUCUCCUGUUGCCUUCGAGGGUGAACAGAAGACUGUGGUGAUUGAUGGAAAAGCUAUCGCAGAGGAUAUCAGGGCAAAGAUUGUUAGUGAAGUGUGGAAGAUGAAAAGUGAUGUUGGAAGAGUCCCUGGUCUUGCUGUUGUUUUGGUUGGUGAACAAAGAGACUCGCAAACUUAUGUGCGGAACAAGAUUAAAGCUUGUGAAGAAACUGGUAUUAAAUCUGUUUUGGCUGAGUUGCCUGAGGAUUGUACUGAAGGAGAAAUCAUCAGUGUGUUGAAAAAAUUCAAUGAAGACGCAUCUAUUCACGGAGUUCUUGUCCAACUUCCUUUGCCCCAGCAUCUUGAUGAAGCAAAGAUAUUGAAUAUGGUGAGGUUGGAGAAAGAUGUUGAUGGGUUCCACCCAUUAAAUAUGGGGAAUCUUGCAAUGAGAGGGAGGGAGCCACUAUUCGUAUCUUGCACCCCUAAGGGAUGUGUGGAGUUGUUGAUCAGAGCAGGUGUUGAACUAGCAGGAAAAAACGCUGUGGUGAUUGGAAGAAGCAACAUCGUUGGUCUCCCAAUGUCUUUACUAUUGCAGAGGUAUGACGCUACAGUAAGCACGGUUCAUGCCUUUUCAAAGGAUCCAGAGCACAUCACCAGGGAAGCUGAUAUAGUGGUUGCAGCCGCGGGUGUACCUAAUCUCGUUCGUGGAAGCUGGCUGAAGCCUGGAGCAGUUGUCAUCGAUGUCGGUACAUGUCCUGUUGAGGAUAGUAGCUGUGAGCAAGGUUAUCGUCUUGUUGGGGAUGUAUGUUACGAGGAAGCGUUAGGUGUAGCCUCAGCGAUCACUCCUGUACCUGGAGGUGUCGGACCCAUGACUAUUGCCAUGCUUCUAUGCAAUACCUUGGAUGCUGCCAAGCGGACAUCCUUGUGAUAAAAUAUGGUUAAUCUCUGUCUUAUAACUAAACUAUCCUUGAACAAAGAGAUAGGAGAGAGUUCAUGUUGUUGGGGGUUGAUAACAAAUUUACAAUCCUUUGUAGUUUUGGGUUUAUUAUGUUGUUGCUUUCUUACAAGACCGUGGUGGAUGUCUGAUAUAAAGCUCUUUGUCAGAGUAGAGUAAUGCUUUUGUUGUAGUACCUGGUUUCUAGAUAACAGUACAAUGUUAAAGUUUCAUUGGCGUUUACAAGAUGAGAGAAGCCAUGGUAGUUAGUUAUGCAUGUGGUAGUUGUUGGAUCAUGAGUAGUAGUUUGCAUGUAACGUCAAGUUUGAAGGAUGAGUGAAGCAAGAGUUGUCACAUUAAGUAUCACGGAACAAAUGCUUGCUUCAAUCUUUACACGUGAUUCUUGAAGGGGGAAUAAUUCUAAAGACGUUCUUUUUCCUCUUUAACCCGGUUUGCUUUUUCGGUUUUAUCCUUCAGCUAUGUUAGAAGUUGAGGCCAAAAGUUACUUUUUAAUUCAUUUCUAUGUAUUUUUUUUCAUUUUCUACUUAAUUAAAACAAAAACAAAGUAAUC